UGAUUUAAACACAAAACUACUAAAGAGAUGGCGCUAUACGAACAUUUAGAUUUGCUCUGAUGGGUAAACUGCUUUGAGUGAGUCGCGCCAUAACAAGUAUCUCGUAUGUGUCCCUUUGAACAAACUUUGUAAUUUUUUUCGUGAUUUUUUUUUGUGAUUUUGCCAUCCAAAUUAAACAAAACAAACAUGGAAGACGCGAUACCGGCCUGUGAAUCAUGUAAAAUAUCUUUUAUAGCAUCAGACAGCGUAUUAGCCACAAUUUGUGGACACUUGUUUCAUGAGAUUUGUGUGAAUCGAAUCAUUUCCGGGACCACCAAAAAAUGCCCAGAAUGUCAGAUCCCAUGCCUUCCAUCCCAGUUGCUGCGCAUUUUUCUACCAUUUCAGCAGGAUGCAUCAACGCCAGAAAGUGUGGUUAGCAACUACAAAAUGGUGAAGCAUGAACUGAGAGAGGCUCAAAAGGAAUACGCAUACGAGCAACAAGUGCAAUCUGAGCUCGAUGGUUUGGUUGUACGGAACACCCAGGCUCUGAGAUCAAAGGGCGAGAAAGUGGCUAAACUGAAAGCGUUAAACAAGGAGAAAGAGAAGUUGCAGAAGAAAAUCAAAAAAUUGGAGAAAACACAUUCCGUACAAAAAGCAAUGAUUGGCACUCAAAAGGAUGUGGAGAAAGUCAUCAACGAAAAACUUCCAGCUGAUACACUUGCGACCAUGGUAGCUGUGUUGAAGAGGGAAAGAAAACGUACUGAGGCCGAAAAAACAGAAAUGCGAUUAAAGAUGCGUGAAGAGCAGAAGGAUAAUAAAAUUCUUACCGCCAAGUACAGAAAUACCCGUGACAAGCUCGAAAUAGCUAUAGCCAGGAGCAUUAAAAACAAAGGUGGUCAGAAUUAGCUGCGCACAAUAAUUAUUGCAAGAGAAGUUUAUCAUGUUUUGUAUUUUUCUUUCUUUUUCGUGGUUUUUUUUUUAAAUUAAUUUUUCGAUUCUUUGAGUUGUCAUUUUUAUUUAAUUGAAUUUAUUUUCCGAACGACUAUUAUUAUUGAUGUAUUAUUUUUUGGUGAAAGUUGGUCAGUAGAUGGACGGGUCCAUACUACCCAAUUGAAGCAGAAAUAAAAUUUAAA